AUGGCACUUUCCAGUAACUUAAGGAUUGUUCUGGUGGGUAAGACUGGAUCAGGAAAGAGCUCGACUGGAAACACCAUUCUAGGUCGACAGGCAUUUGAGGCAGACGCUUCACCACUGUCCGUGACCAAACAGUGCUGCAGACAUGAUGGAAAACAUGGGGACAGGAACAUCUCGGUGAUUGACACCCCUGGGAUAUUUGAUACUUGCUGUUCUGAAGACCAGCUGAGAGCUGAAAUAGAAAAAUGCAUCUACAUGUCCCUUCCAGGACCCCAUGUGUUCCUGCUAGUGAUCAGACUGAAUAGAUUCACAAAAGAAGAGAGGAAUGCCGUGAAGUGGAUUCAAGACAACUUUGGUGAAAAUGCCUCACUUCACACUAUUCUCCUAUUCACUUAUGCUGAUCAGUUGAACGGCAAAUCGGUGAAUCAAUAUAUCAAGGAAAGUAUCAGUCUAAGAAGACUUGUACACAGCUGUGGUAUGAGGUAUCAUGUUUUGAACAAUGUUGAUGUGAGCAGUGAUACUCAGGUCAUGGAGCUGCUGGAAAAAAUAGAUGCCAUGGUGAAGAGAAAUGGGGAGUACUACACCAAUGAGAUGUAUGAGGAGGCUCAGAGAGAGGUGAAGAAAGAGGAGGAGAGAAAAAGAAAGGAAGAGGAAGAAACAGAAAUCAGUCUAGUGUUCAAGGACUCAUAA